AUGAGGGCUAUUUUGACGGACGCCCAAAGUCCCAUCACAUGGGAAGUAUUCCGGAGCAAAUUUUAUGAAGAAUACUUCCCAGACAGCGUCCGUUUUGCAAAGGAGGUGAAAUUCCUUCAGUUGGUACAAGGUGGGAUGUCUGUCUCGGAAUAUACCAACAAGUUCAAGCAUCUCGUCCGUUUCAAUACGAUGGCCAGUAGUGAAGAGUGGCAGUGUAGGAAAUUUGAGAACGGACUGAGGAGUGAUCUGAAGGUGUUGAUCUCCAAUUUAUGUAUUCGGUCAUUUCAUGCCAUGGUGGAGAGAGCCAAAGUACUGGAGAAGAAUAUGGCAAAGGUAGAACGACAGAAGAAGCAACAACAGGUGGUUAGGGGACCGAUCGUAUCCAGAGGCAAUAUUAAUCAGAGAAGAACACCUUACACUCAUCCAAACCAACCAUCAAAUACAAGUGGGUCUCAAGCGCUGGUCGCUACCAGACAAUCUGGACAACAAGGAAACGUUACUUGUUUCCAGUGUGGAGGACCACAUUACCGUUCGUCAUGUCCUCAGCUGGUGGGAGGAAAACACUACACUCGUUGUGGAAGGAAUGGACACUUGGAGAAUGAGUGCAACUUUGGAGGACGAGCGGUGAUGAGACCACCGAACACGAGAAGGAAUCAACCAAGAGGUGGUCGAGCCCAAGCGGUUGGGCGUGUAUAUGCCAUAACGGGCGCGGAAGCAGCCAGCUCAGGUACACUUAUCAUCAGCACCUGCUUAAUGUAUGGAAUACCUUGUUGUGUACUGUAUGAUUCGGGGGCGACCCACUCCUUCAUCUCGAAGGCGUGUGUUGAAAAAUUGGGAUUGGCAGAGAGUGAGAUGCAGUUCGACUUGGUGGUGUCAACCCCAACGGCUGGAGAGGUUAGGACGUUUGAGGGGCGUAGAUAUAAG